UUUGUACAGCUUACAACUUAUUAAAAUCUGUCACUCGCUCCCUAAUAAUAACAUAACACCACCGCUUCCCUUUGUGUAUAUUUGACGUUACAAAUAAUUCUAUAUAAACACAAACUUGUCAUCUUUUUCACACAUUCACUCUCGUUUCUUCAAUUAUUUUUGGUGGGUUUUUUGUUUUAUAAAAUGGGUGCAGUUUUGUUGCCGGAUCUUGGGACCGAGAUUUUGAUUCCGGUGUGUGCAAUUAUAGGAAUUGGGUUCUCUUUGCUUCAAUGGCUACUUGUCUCUAAGGUCAAGUUGGUUGCUGACAAUGGCAGAGAUACUCAUAAGAAUGGCUAUAAUGAUUCUCUAAUAGAAGAAGAAGAAGGUGUUAAUGAUCAUAAUGUUGUUGCUAAGUGUGCUGAAAUUCAAACCGCCAUCUCUGAAGGAGCAACCUCUUUCCUUUUUACUGAAUAUCAGUAUGUCGGAAUUUUCAUGGUUGCUUUUGCAAUCCUUAUUUUCGUAUUCCUUGGCUCUGUUGAGGGAUUCAGCACCAAGUCUCAGCCUUGUACCUACGACCAAUUGAAGAUGUGCAAGCCUGCUCUGGCAACUGCUGCCUUCAGCACUAUAUCAUUUGUGCUUGGUGCUAUCACUUCUGUUGUUUCUGGCUUCCUUGGGAUGAAAAUUGCUACAUAUGCAAAUGCUAGAACAACUCUUGAGGCAAGAAAAGGAGUCGGGAAGGCUUUUAUUGUUGCAUUUAGAUCUGGUGCUGUCAUGGGUUUUCUCCUUGCUGCAAAUGGCCUUUUGGUACUGUACAUUACCAUCAAUCUCUUUAAGCUGUACUAUGGUGAUGAUUGGGCUGGACUUUUCGAGGCUAUAACUGGUUAUGGUCUUGGAGGAUCUUCCAUGGCCCUCUUUGGCAGAGUUGGUGGAGGUAUCUACACUAAAGCUGCUGAUGUUGGUGCUGAUCUUGUUGGCAAGGUCGAAAAGAACAUCCCUGAGGACGACCCAAGAAAUCCAGCUGUCAUUGCUGAUAAUGUUGGUGACAAUGUUGGCGAUAUAGCUGGUAUGGGAUCUGACCUUUUUGGCUCAUACGCAGAAUCUUCUUGUGCUGCUCUAGUUGUCGCGUCCAUAUCGUCUUUUGGAAUUAAUCACGAGUUCACACCGAUGCUAUAUCCUCUUAUCAUUAGCUCUGUGGGUAUCAUCGUUUGCUUGCUGACCACCUUAUUUGCAACUGAUUUCUUUGAGAUCAAGGCUGUAGACCAAAUUGAGCCUGCUUUGAAGAGGCAGCUCAUCAUCUCAACUGUAUUUAUGACUAUUGGAAUUGCCAUUGUUAGUUGGAUUGCUCUUCCAUCUUCGUUCACCAUCUUCAAUUUCGGGACUCAGAAAGAUGUCAAGAAUUGGCAACUUUUCUUGUGUGUUGCUGUCGGUCUAUGGGCUGGACUUAUUAUUGGAUUUGUAACCGAGUAUUACACUAGCAACGCAUACAGCCCUGUUCAAGAUGUUGCCGAUUCAUGCCGAACUGGAGCUGCCACUAAUGUUAUUUUUGGGCUUGCAUUGGGAUAUAAAUCCGUAAUUAUUCCCAUUUUCGCCAUUGCAGCUAGCAUUUUUGUUAGUUUUAGCUUUGCUGCUAUGUAUGGUAUUGCAGUAGCAGCCCUUGGAAUGCUGAGUACCAUUGCCACUGGGUUGGCUAUUGAUGCAUAUGGUCCCAUUAGUGACAAUGCUGGAGGUAUUGCUGAGAUGGCAGGUAUGAGCCACAGAAUUCGAGAGAGGACUGACGCUCUUGAUGCUGCAGGAAACACCACUGCUGCUAUCGGCAAGGGUUUUGCCAUUGGAUCUGCAGCUCUUGUUUCCCUAGCCCUCUUUGGCGCCUUUGUUAGCCGAGCUUCCAUUUCAACAGUAGAUGUGCUAACACCAAAAGUUUUUAUUGGUUUGAUUGUGGGUGCAAUGCUUCCUUACUGGUUUUCUGCCAUGACAAUGAAGAGUGUGGGAAGUGCAGCUUUGAAGAUGGUGGAGGAAGUCCGGAGGCAAUUCAAUACAAUCCCCGGGUUGAUGGAGGGUACUGCCAAGCCUGACUAUGCUACAUGUGUUAAGAUUUCCACCGACGCUUCCAUCAAAGAGAUGAUCCCACCCGGUGCACUUGUCAUGCUCACUCCUCUCAUUGUUGGAAUCUUUUUCGGUGUUGAAACUCUCUCCGGUGUUCUAGCUGGUUCACUCGUAUCAGGCGUACAGGUUGCCAUCUCUGCAUCCAACACUGGCGGUGCUUGGGAUAAUGCCAAGAAGUAUAUUGAGGCUGGUGCAUCAGAGCAUGCAAGAACUCUUGGUCCUAAAGGAUCAGAUCCCCACAAGGCAGCUGUUAUAGGUGACACCAUUGGUGACCCAUUGAAGGACACAUCUGGACCAUCACUUAACAUCUUGAUCAAGCUUAUGGCAGUCGAGUCGCUUGUGUUUGCACCAUUUUUCGCUACGCAUGGAGGUAUACUUUUCAAGAUAUACAUUUGUUCAGCUUCAGCUUCAGAUUUCUUUUUUUCUUUUUGUCUUCUGUUUCUCUAUCUCUCUCUCAUUCAACUCUUCCUAAUUAUGUUCUCCCUAUCACCUCUCCACCGCCCACCGCUACUGAAACCUCCUCCCCCUUCCCUCUCUUCUCCGCCGCCGCUUCCUCCUCUUCUCUUCAACCCCAAACACGUCCGUACGCCUCCACACAUCAAAUCCAUCUCCAUCACCGCCCCUAAACAAACAUCAACAGCACUUGAUGAACCGGACCCAGGUAGCAUUACCCAAAUGCCACCACUCUCCGAUUCUCACCUCCUCAAUAUAGCCAUAAUCGGGUUUGGAAACUUCGGCCAAUUCAUAGCAAAAACCCUUGUUUCCCAGGGCCACACUGUCAUUGCUUACUCUAAAACUGAUCAUUCCCAUGAAGCUCAUUCACUCGGUGUCUCCUUCUUUCUUGACCCUCAUGAUCUCUGUGAGCAACACCCAGAUGUUAUAUUGUUAUGUACUUCAAUUCUUUCUACUGAAAAAGUCUUGAAGUCAUUGCCUUUACAGAGGUUUAAGAGAAAUACUUUGUUUGUUGAUGUGUUGUCUGUUAAAGAAUUUGCUAAAAAACUCUUCCUUGAUGUUUUGCCUAGUGAUUUUGAUAUUCUUUGUACCCAUCCUAUGUUUGGUCCUGAAAGUGCUAAACUUGGGUGGGAUGGUUUUUGUUUUGUGUAUGACAAGGUUAGAAUUGGUAAUGAGGAGUCUAGAGCUACCAGGUGUGAGAAUUUUCUUGAUAUUUUUGCUAGUCAAGGGUGUAAAAUGGUGGAAAUGAGUUGCCAUGAGCAUGAUAUGUAUGCUGCUGAGUCGCAGUUUAUUACUCAUACUGUUGGUAGGGUUUUGGAGAUGUUGAAAUUGGAGUCUACUCCUAUUAAUACUAAAGGGUAUGAGAGUUUGUUGGAGUUGGUGGAGAACACUGCAGGGGAUAGUUUUGAUUUGUUUUAUGGCUUGUUUAUGUAUAAUAAGAAUGCACUUGAGAUGCUCAAGAGGUUUAAUGUGGCUUUUGAGGAGUUGAGGAAACAGCUUUUUGAUAGCUUACAUGAUGCUGUAAGGAAAGAGUUGUUAGGAAAUGGGGAGAAAGAUCAAACUCGGCGAGUCAAAUAUUUGGAUUGGAACAGAAAUGGUGCUGCACUGGCAUAUGCUUCAGAGGCUGAAUGGUCUCAAGGUGCUGCUCAACCAUACAAGUAUGAGGCGCAAAGCUCUGAUUGCAUUGACGAGAACUCAAAGCUUAAGAUUGGUAUAGUUGGUUUUGGCAAUUUCGGUCAGUUCCUCGCAAGAACCUUUGUUCGGCAAGGCCACACGGUUCUGGCCUAUUCUCGAUCAGACUAUUCUUAUGAGGCUAGAAAAUUGGGGGUUUCUUAUUUCUCCAAUGCAGACGACUUUUGCGAGGAGCAUCCAGAUGUUCUUCUUCUUUGUACUUCAAUUCUUUCAACUGAAAAAGUUCUCCAGUCACUGCCAGUUCAGAGAUUGAAGAGAAGUACCCUGUUUGUUGAUGUGCUCUCAGUGAAAGAGUUUCCUAGGAGUUUGUUUCUUCAGCAUUUGCCGCCUGAUUUUGAUAUUCUUUGUACACAUCCUAUGUUUGGACCGGAGAGUGGAAAAAAUGGAUGGAAUAAUCUUCCCUUUCUUUUUGAUAAGGUCAGGGUAGGAAGUGAUGAGACAAGAGUAAAAAGGUGUGAUCAGUUUCUUGAUAUUUUUGCCCGUGAAGGAUGCAGAAUGGUUGAGAUGUCCUGUUCAGAACACGAUUGGCAUGCAGCUGGGUCACAGUUCAUUACACACACAACGGGAAGGAUUCUAGAAAAGUUGGGGUUGGAGUCAACACCAAUUAACACUAAAGGCUAUGAGAUUUUGUUGAAUUUAGUGGAAAACACGGCGGGUGAUAGCUUUGAUCUGUACUAUGGAUUGUUCAUGUACAAUGUGAAUGCAAUGGAGCAGCUAGAGAGGUUGGAUUUGGCUGUUGAGUCUUUAAAGAAGCAAAUCUUUGGGCGAUUGCAUGGUGUUAUUCGGAGGGAGCUGUUUGAGAAUGCAUAUAAAUCUCAAGACUCAAGGGAGGAACCUCAAGUUGCCGAAGUAAUUCAAACUGAUGCCGUACUAUCAUCUUCAACGGGACGUCUUAAUAUUCACAACAACUAAGCUUUAUCUUCCCAACAUAUUGGUUUUUUAGUUUCCUGAAGGAUAGACCAAGUGUUUCCCCUUGUUAAGGGAGACCAGCAAAAGGAAUCAGCAGCCAAGCAUACGAAUUCCCAAUAGCGCUCUAACAUCGUAUGUUCUUCUAUAGAAGAAAAAACCCGUCACCUUGUUGAAAGGCAUCGACAAGCAGUGAUCGACAAGUUUCUGGAAAUGAUUCAUGAUUCGCAUUGAAGAUGUGGAACCAAAUGGUUUAAGUUCAACUAAAGUCUUUAAGUAGAAAUGGUUUAAAUCUAGCCAUCAAUUUAUUAAAUUCAUCAAUUCUGUGAUCCCUCAUCCUUUUCCAGCUCUCCGUGUUUCUCUAGAGUCCUCGCUCAUCGUCGUUUUUGUAGGUGAGCGUUGAUGUAAUAUUUUAUUAUUUAAUGAAAAUGUUGUAUCAUGAACCUCAAUUACAUUGACAGUAUGAAAACAUCCUCCAUUAGCAA